AUGAGUCUUCCCGCCCGCUCGUCCUCACCCGAACGGCCUCCCUCUCCCGCGUCCGACGAGGAUGAUUCGGACAUCGAGUUCGAGGAGGUCAUCCUGCCAGCCUACGAAGCCCGCGCCACUGUCGACGACCCUGACCCCGACCCCGACCUAGCCAUCGCUGAACGCCUCCUCGAAGUCGCUGACAACGCUCCUCCUGGUUCUGCGGUCCCGGCUACGCUCGGCGGAGGAAACGGGUUGGCGAGUGCGGACGACGCUGCGCAGGGGAGGAGGGACCGGGCAGGUCAGGCUGGAGAAUCGUUGGAAUCCUUCCCUCGUCUCGCAGACUUCACCGUCGGAACUAACAGGCAGAGGGAGAACGCCUUUGUCCGCUCGACCCGCACAACGCUUCGUUCGCUCAUAGAUCAAGUAGCUCGACGCGUCGUCGUUCACCCCGACUCGGCCGCUUCCUCCGCCUCUGUCGGCCCAAGUGUCCGCCCGUUCGCUGCGUUCCUGCCCGUCAAGAAGAAGUCAAGAGGGAAGAAGCGGCGUCCGACGCUUGAGAAGGUCAGCGGAAGGGAGGGGAAGCGGCGCAGGGUAGGAGACUCUGGGACUGGCGAUGCGACAGGCGCGCAGCAUGUCGGCGAGGAAGAGGAGGAUCCGAGGGACGCGGGAGACGAAGACGACGACAACUACGAGCCGGUCGACGAUGACGAUGACGAGGAUGAGGACGAUGACUACGACCCCGACGACGACACGGACACGACCCAUACUAGUACAGACUGUCCUGUCGGUGACGACGUACGCGCCUACGCCGCUCUGCAGAUUGUGAUCGCCAAUCUGGAGCGGCUUCGGCAGGGACGUCCGUCACGAUUCGUCGUCGCGGGGUCGCCCUCUCCGCUCCUCCCGCCCAACAACCAGAUUCUCUGCCGCCCUCUCCAUGAUUCCCAGCCAUCUACCUCGACCACCCCGACCGAGAUCACCUCCUCCUCCUCCCUUCUCGCGGCGUCGAUGGUGGUGAACAAGAAGUACCACUUGUUCGACAACUACACCUUCUUCUCCCUCUUCUCCGUCUUCCUCCUGACCCCGACUUUCGCUUCCGACCUCUUCACUUUCCUCUCCUCCGCCUCACCAGACCAUCCCUUCCGAAUCAAGAUCAACCUCAUCGGCCGAGUUGAGGAUACCGUGCAGUCGAAGGACGGCCAUCGCAACGUCGAUCUCGAUCGUCUUGCGAGCUUUGGGCGGAAUGCGAGGACCGCUGCCGUACACGUUCGCGUAAAAAGCCGGGCGGAUGGUGUCCUGGGCGACCUUCGAGCGACGGUCUACUACCGUGCCUCGGUCCAGCCUCGCGAGAAGUUGGAGCAGCUGUUGCUGGAUGCGGGAUGGACGGGAGAGGGUUGGAAGAAGCGUGUUGCGCCGGCGGAGCAGCGGAAGGUGCAGCGCUGGAUCGACGCCCUUCAGGACGAAAUCGACUCGACUUUCGACCGCGACCUCCCCGCCGUCCCCGCAGGCGCUUCCCUCAGCGGGCCGACCUCGCCCAGCUCGUCAACCUCCGUCGGCGGCUCGACCGGCGGCUCGACCUCCCCUUCUUCUGCUCUCUUCUCAUACCCUCCCUCCGUCAACGACGUCUGCAAAUACUGGCACCUCGACCCCUCAGGACGUCCCCUCCCUCCGCUGCCCUCCCCCUCGAAGCAGUACAAUCUCUGGCGUGAAGGCGGAGUAUGUGACUCGCUAUGGACGGCCAACGCCUCGGAUCCAGCGACACAGUCUCUCAUUCAGCCUCAGCUCUGCACCUUUCCUCUUCCCUCAAGCGAUUUCCCCGAUUUCCAACUGCACGUCGGUGCGUUCUCGACCCUCGAAGCCGCCCAGCAAGCGGUCGUCGCGCUCCUCGAGGAGAAGAAUCUCCUCGACCACUCGUUCCCGCCCAGCGCGCUCGGUCGCAUGACCACCAACGUACCUCGCGGUGUCGGUCGGGCCAGUCGCUUCGGAAGGCACAAGACUUCGGGCGCUGAGCAUACAAUUCUUGCCUCGAUGCAUGCGGUCAUCAACAACGCCGGCAGCAGCGCGCCAGCUCCUCCUUCCGUUCCUUCUUCCUCGCCUCCUCUGCCUGCGCCCGCCACCGUCGCCUCCUCCGCGUCCGCCGUGUCCGUCGAGUCCGUCAAGCCGUCUGCGAUCGGACCGUAUGUCGCCCAGGUCUACACGUCGUCGGCAGGUCACCUGGAAGUCGGGAUUCAAGAGACCCCCCUCUUCGACCUCGAAGGCUGGCACCGAACAUCGGCUGUCGGCGUCCUUUUCCCGUGGUACAGGUUUGCGACAAAGCCGGCGCCUGAUCAGCUUGAGAACAUGAGUAAGGGACACGCUGGCGGGUCGAGCAAGGGUAGUCGGUCGAAUCGCGGGCAGUUUGUCGAUCGGGAGUCGAGUUUCACCGAGAAGCUGCUCAUGAUUCGCGGAGCAGGCAGGGAGGUUCACCUUUGCCUCAACAUCCAGCAGUCCUCCCAUGCCUACGGCAGUCCUCCCUCCACCUGGUAUUCUUGGCACCUGGACUUGCCGUCCUGCGCCGCGGUACCCUCCAAGUCGAUGUGGCUCCGAACCAGCUCGCCUAUCCACAAAGCCUUGAUCGCCAUGGUCAACCCCGGUUCAGAUCCUUCCGCCCCGACCAUCAAGGUUCCCUUCAACCUGCGCCAGAAGAGCAACGACUUGCUGAUCCAGCGCAUCCGCCCGACGAGCGAGCAGGAUGACGGAAAACCUCCCCCGCGUCAACUCUCGCUGCUCGACCCGACCAACUUUACAACGACGAGCGUCAAGAAGGCUUGCCAGUUCCUCCUCGAGUGCGACGACUUCUGCGAGCAGACCGCCGUUUCGCGCGUCAACCCCGUCUUGACUGUUGAAGAAAGCGAGCUCCUGAAAAAUGUCAUCGAGGAGACGCCGCCUGCUCGUCUCGCGUACGACAUGUACCAGGCUCAGCGCAGCAAGCCAGGCGGGAUGCGGAAGGGCUUGCCGGUCACAUUCGCAGGCGGCUUCGUAAACAUCUAUGCCGACCCGCAGAUCGGAUUCAAGCGCGUGCUUGUGGCCGCCCGCCAGAACGACGUCCCUUCCAUCCUCUCGCUGCCCAACCCUCCUCCCCCCGCCUCCCUCUGCUUCCUCUCCCUCUCGCCUCAGAAUCAGAUCCUCGUCUGGAGACCUCCCAUGCCCCAACCUGUCCCGCUCUCGCGCCUCGGCACACUCGCUCCUGCUCUCGCCGACACAGUCCGCACGGCCAUCCGAGCCGCCCUCCGAACCGCCCGCUCUCCCCGCGCCGCCUUGAGCAGUCGGAAGGCGGACCUGGAGCAGGGAGGAGGCGGAGAAGGUCGCGGAGGAGGAGGAGCCGAAGCGCGAGAGGGAGGGAGCGCACAUGCCGGGAUGGAGUUGCAGGAGUGA